UCCCGUGGGGCGCUGCGUGUAGUGCCGCUGCGUGUUUUAACGUACGAUUGGCCACAAGAAGCUGCCUUACUCCUCAGGACUUGUUUAUUUUGGAAUCAUGCGCCAGCUCUAGGGCCCGAAAAUCCUUGGACGGGUGGUUGCUUACAUGUCUGUCCGUUGAUUUUGCGUAACUUUUCAUCGGUUUCCCCGUGUUGCGUUGGCUUGUGUUGGUGGUCGGUCCCAUUCCUAUUGUGUUGAAAGUGAAAAAUGGACCAACACACUCGUUGAACCCGAUGCGGAAACAACAGCAAAAAUGAAGUGUUAUACAACGUGAAACAGAGAAAGUGAUCUAUAUAUGCGGCUUGAAUUGUGGCAGUAAUAUCCUACUACUAGUUGUUGGUUGUGUUGAUGGUAAUACUCUUGAAACAAAACAUUGGAACAGGCAUGGACGCCUUGUUUCUAUAUUAUGUGACCAAAAACAAGUUUCGUACAAUGCUUAAUUUCUCGUGGUGAAUCAAAGUUCGUUUGUUUCAGCGAGAUUAGCACAAGAAAUAAAAAGCAAUCGCGCAUUGCAAACAAAGCUCAGUUAUUUGCACAGUACGUUAACCGGAUCUAGUUGAACAAUGCCAUUGUCACUGGGAACGACAAUAAACAGCGGUAUCUUAAACCAAUCCUCGAACACGGUGGGCUAAAACAAGCUUCUGUUCAAGUAAUCGAAGCAAGUUGGCAUCGCGUACGAACGGAGAGCACAAAUACCGGCACUAAAGCGCUUACUAGAAACAAGGAUGGCAACAUUGAGGACCCCCUAUCAUCGAAAAAUGAAGCAAUUUAUCAUACCAGUGAUUAUUUUAGUGGUUAUAUUUUGUGUCAGCCUGUACAACAUCACCGCUAAAGAUGACAAAAAACAAGAAACUGAACAACCAAACGCCCUUGAACGGUUAGAUCUCCCACGGAAGGGGAAAGGUUUUCCUCGCAAAGAGGACUACGAAAAAGAAUUCCAUAUCCCGCUCGUGAACGAGGAGCUGGUUGUUUGCUAUGAAAACUACGAAGACUACCGUAAGGGCCCAUAUAUGACCACCCUGCCGGCAACGCCAGAGGAGCCGAGCACAACGCAACGCCAACAGCAAUCGACGGCCCCCCAACAUCCUGUCCAAUCGAACGGAAGCGAACCGAUGAUCUACUUCGUCACGCCGACAUACCCAAGACGGGAGCAGAUUCCAGAAAUCAUUCGCCUCGGUCAGACACUGAUGCACGUGGCCCGGCUGCACUGGAUUGUGGCGGACGACACAACGAGCUGCAGUGCCACACUGAAUAGUCACAUAAAAAAAUUCGGUAUUCCGUACACGCAGCUUGCCAGUCCGAUGCCCGAAGUUUAUCGCCUCCGCAAGAAUGCGCCACGGGGUGUCGCUAACCGGCGGGCGGCAUUGAGCUGGAUUCGUGCGAACAACAAGCGGUCGGGCGUGCUGUACUUUGGCGACGACGAUAACACAUUCGACCUGAAGCUGUUCAGCGAAAUCCGCUACACGAAGAAAGUGUCCAUGUUUCCGGUGGGAUUGAUCGGAGACUACGCCAUCAGUACACCGAUUGUACGAAACGGCCGCGUGGAGGGUUUUUUCGAUUCGUGGCCAGCCAAGCGCAAGUGGCCAGUCGAUAUGGCCGGCUUUGCGGUAAGUCUCGAGUACCUGGCGCGCAGCCCGAAUGCCACGAUGCCGUUUAAGGCGGGCUACGAAGAGGAUGAGUUUCUCAAAAGCAUCGGCCUCAAGCUGGAGGACAUCGAACCGAAGGCGAACAACUGCACCGAAAUAUUGGUGUGGCACACGCAAACCAAGGGCAGCAAAGCACCCACAGUGCGAAUCUCAAUGGACCGGCAGAAACUAGAUAAGGUGAACCUAGGCGGGCUGCUGAAGCGGCUCGAGACGAUGGGCGUGAAUCAUAUCAGUGACACGGAAGGAACCACCGCCCAGGCCAUCAUGAAUGGAAGUGUUAAGCCACUAUCGUUUUGGUUCAGCUAAUAAGCACCGUUGGUUCAGGACAUUCGAAGGAAACAAACACGUAACGUACACUAAUUCAUUCAUGGGAUCUCUGAGACUUUGGUAACAAACCUGUUUUUAAUACUUCAUACUUUCUAUGAGCUCCACUGAUCUGUCGCAAAUAGUACGAUGUUUUAAGACCACGAAAGAUUUCCUUUUCAUCGCUGGAAAACUACCAGUGGUUUGGAUGGUGUUGCUUACACUAAACUUGUUUUUUGUUGUAAGCGAUCACAAAGUACAUUCAUAGAGCACUGAGCAAAGUUUGUUUUUCUAGGUAGUAUAUUUUAUCCUCUAAACCAUGAGAACCAUCUUAAUUUUGUGUGUUAGCUUAUAAAGCAAACCAUCGUUUUAUGCCAAAUAUCGCGAGGCAACAUCGCACGUACCAACGACGGAAUUCAAAGUCGGAAUUCAGGGUUGAAAAACUAAGAUAUAUCACCGACCGAAACAAAAAGAGCACACUGCAACUGGAAAUAUCGACGCACAUUUCGUACCGGGUACGGUUGGGAAAUAUGUUUAUUUUUCGCCAGAAUGUAGUGCUAAAACUGUGCCAGACCUCUAUAUAUGUAUAUGACUCCAAACUUCGGUAGAGUAAUGGUGACACAUGUUGUUCUAGUUAGUUUCCCUCUGAAUAGUUUGUUUAGAUAGGAUAGGUCUUCUCAAUCAUUAGAUACCGGCUGCUGAUCAGACACGGGGUUGGUAGGUGCGUGGUUCAGUUCAGAAGUUUCUGUAGUUUCGUACACGUAUGUGUUAGCCUUUAAGGAUAGAGUGUAUAAUGUGUGGUAGUUAGAUGAUUUGUGUUGCUGAUCGGUUUUCGUUUCUGAAACGGCACAAAAUAACCUAAGAAAUGGUGAAUCUAAACUUUGUAACCGUUACAACUAUUUGGUAAGCAGAAAAAUUGAUAUUUGUUAGACGAUUUACAUAAAAGAUCUUAAAUCUUUAGAAACGUUCGACGACCCUUACAUGCACACCGUUUGAGUGAGCAAUGAGUGAUGAUGAUAUUCGAGUGGUAAAACACAACAUAAAAAACGAAAACCUAAAAUUGGAAAGCCAUGCUUUUGCAGCCUCGUCUAUCCUCGGCGUAUUUGACCAUCACACACGUCGUAAAGUUCCUUGUAAUUAAAUUUAUAUAUCGCCUUGUACAAUUCAUUCAAAAUUUUUCUUACGCUUCAAUCCGAACACAACAAAGAGAUCACGCUGGGCAAAUGAGGAGGUUGGCAAGGCAACCAACAAGGACACACGGACAUUCCCCUUACAAGGCAAAUGUGAUCGAACGAGGUAAAAAGAUGCGUCACACAGCUCGUGAUCGUGAACCACUAGUCUCAUUAAAUCACGUUAUGAACGUUACAAAAUAAGGUGAAGAAACAAAAAAAGAAAACACGACACUUAUCAUAUACAAAGUCUUUUUUGGCCCAAUUCAACAUUGUAAAGUUUAUCGUUACGAAAAAAUAAAUAAAAGGUUUCUUUAACCCUUGUUUGCUAUUA